AUGGGAUUUUUAGAUCAGUCAGAGGACAAGAUUCGAGAAGCCAUUGAACCUUUGUCAAAAGCUGCUAACCUCCUUUUAAAGUUAAAAAGAUUUCAGGAAGCUCUCAAUAUUAUGCGACAACAAAUGAAACUUUAUGAGCAGGUUGACAACUUCCAAAUGAUGUCAAAGGUUGUUCUCGGCAUGGUUGUUGUUCAUCUUCAUGAGAGUGACUAUGUAGCUGCUGAUAACUGUUACAAGGAAUCUUUUGAAAUUCCUGGGUUUAGUAGUUCAGAUGAAGCAAUAGCAGCAGAAAAAGUUCUGGACUGUUUUGAUCAGGGCGAUGCCGAGGGAAUGAAAACCUGCACAUCCCAAGCACUUUUCACGUACUUAGACAAUGAGAUUGCCAAGUUAUCUCGUAGUCUGCGUGUCCCUGGGAGUGUGGGAGGCAGAGGAUCGACGGAGAGAAAGCCUAUCCAGAACAUCAAUGACUUUGGUAAGACUGACACACAGCUGAGUGCUUAUCCGGUAUCGACUAUCAAAGAUGAAACAGAACAACAGAAUCAAGAGGUCCUCGAAGACGAGUUGGAAGAAGGCGGACUCUGUUAGCCCUGUUAUAAUCCAUGUACUUUUGCUUUUAGAAGCAACUACGUUUUGGCCAAGUGACAUGAUUUAGCAUCAUGAUAGCAAGCUAAAGGACUGAUGUUAGAACUGGCCUUUUCUGAUUGAACGCCAAGAUUCGAAAAUUCUUCAGAGAAAUCUCCGAGGGCUAGAGUCGCUGGAAACUGUCACUCGAGUGUCUUCAGAUACAUAUCUAGUUUUUACCCAUACGACGCUGUUCCUCUCAAUAAGAUUAUCAAAUGCUUCGCGUGUAUCAUUUAAUUACAUUUGGGGGAAAGACAUUAUAUUUUUUUGUGGUACCUCAGAGAAGCGGAAAACGACAUCAAAGAAAUUGCAAUAAAGUGAAUAUCAUAAUUUAGGA